AUGCUAGAUGAAGAGCAUGAAGCUCUCCCGAUCCCUCGCAAUGACCAUAAUGCGUACACCCUUGGCUCAAUAUGCGGCCAUAACGUCGUAAUAGCCUGCCUACCGAACAUGGGAACUAAUCCUGCCGCGACCGUUGCGACCACGAUGAUCAACACGUUCCAAUCAAUCAGGUUCGGGCUCAUGGUAGGGAUUGGGGGUGGAAAUCCGUCGAAGGUCAAUCUGGGUGAUGUAGUGGUCAGCCAACCUGUUGCUGACUAUCACGGGGUAGUACAAUGGGAUAUGGGGAAGUUGGAACGGGGUGGGCAGUUUGUCCACACGGGCUCGUUGAACAGACCUCCGAACGCGCUGCUCAAUGCGUCGAAUCGGCUGAAGAGCAACCAUGAGAUGUAUGGAUCGAAAAUAAAUGAGUACUUGAAUGAUGUGGAAAGGAAAAUCCCGCGACUGGCGCCAAAAUAUACCAGACGUGAGUGCUUGGAAGACCCAUUAUUAGUACCUGAAAGGGUGCGUCGGACUCCGUCCGAAGUCCACUUCCUGUCUAGGUUAUGGCAGGCGAUCAUCACAGUUGUCGCAUAUUUUCUUGGUACAAGGGCCGUUGGUCCGGUAAUCGAAGAGAAUGGACAGUUAUUAGAGAAAUUGGAGGGAGUGAGGACCCAAAAAGAAGUCAAGGUGCACUAUGGCUUAAUUGCAUCCGGGAACAAAGUGGUUAAGGAUGCUCAGUCUCGAGACUCCCUUGAUAAAGCAUUUGGCGGGCACUUACUAUGCGUGGAGAUGGAGGCAGCUGGGCUUAUGAAUGACUUCCCAUGUAUUGUCAUCCGAGGUAUUUGUGACUACGCGGACUCGGGAAAGGAAAAAUCCUGGCAAGAAUAUGCUGCAGCCGUGGCCGCUGCAUACGCAAAGGAACUUCUGGGAUGUGUGCAGCCUAGUGUUGUUGACGCCGAGUCUUCAGCAAAAGCUAUCUUAGAGAAGGUUCAACAACAGAUCGACAGCGUGCAGCAGACGGCGAUUGCAACAAAAGCAGCAACUGAUUGCAUCAGGUCGGACCUUUAUACUGAUCAGAUCAUGCGCUGGCUUUGUCCCCCGGAUCCGUCUACGAACGCCAAUCAAGCGAGGACGCUCCGCCAUAAGGGGACGGGAGCGUGGCUCCUGGAGCAUCCUGUCUUCCAGUCGUGGUACUUAGGGUCCCAUCGACACUUAUGGCUAUACGGGCUCGCGGGAUGUGGAAAAACAGUUCUCAGUGCAACUGUGCUUGACUACCUCGCGCAGCGAACCGAUGGUCUUAUCCUUAGCUUUUUCUUUGACUUUAAUGACAUCGCAAAGCAAACUUUGGAAGGCGUGUUGCGCUCGCUUGCUUGUCAACUUUACCAAGGUGGGAUUGACUCUACAAUUCAUCUUGAUGCUUUGCUUCAAGCACACCAGAAUGGUAAGGACCAACCUACGACCAAGGCGCUCUGGGUUAUGGUUUUGAAGAUGCUUAUAGCCCAGAGAAAGGUCUAUAUCGUUCUAGACGCAUUGGAUGAAUCGAAAACCAGGAUUGAUGCUAUUGAGUGGAUCAAAGAUGUGGUUUCUGGGCCAGAGUUGGCGUAUGUCCAAUUGCUUUUAACGGGACGACCUGAAUUCGAGUUUCUGCGCCAUAUCCCCCCUUUAAUAGGAAAUGAAAACUGCCAACCACUUGAUCAGUCUGCUGUCAAUUCCGAUAUCCGAUCGUGGGUCACAGCACAACUUUCCCAACGGCGUGAUUUUACAGAGAAGCCCUUGUCCCAGGAUCUCCUUGAAGAGAUUCAGAGGAAGGUCGGCGAUGGGGCCGACGGAAUCCUAGCCAAAUGUCCGCACGAGGCAGCUAUGGAGGAGGCUCUCGUAUCUUUACCACGGACCUUAAAUAAGACAUACAAGCGUAUGAUUACGGCAAUACCGACGGAGCGUAAAAAUGACGCAAUACGUCUCCUCCAGUUCCUCGUACACUCCAAGGAACCUCUCAAGCUGGCCGAGGCUAAAGAAGUAAUAGCAACGCCGAUCGAAAAUGGAUCGCAGGGGUUCAACAUCAAGCGUCGAUUGUUUUGCGAGACUGAUGUUUUAAGUUACUGCCCCGGUUUAGUGACAAUUUUUCACGCCACCGAAACAGAAUUACAUCUUGCCCACUUUUCCGUCAAAGAGUACCUCCUAGGAGAGAAUGACUACACAAUUACGACCGCCAGCAUGUCUAUUACGAGGACGUGCUUAACUUAUCUUACCGACAUCAACGGUAGUAAGAGUGAGAUUAGGCGGGAUUUUCCGCUGGCAAGAUAUGCGGCGAAAACCUGGACAGGUCAUGCUGCGUUAGCUCAGGCCUCCAAAGAGAUAGUUCGAGCAACAGUCACGUUCCUAGAGAAAGAAAGGACAUUUCAACGUUGGGCUCGUUUGUAUCAGGCUGAUAGGUAUUGGGAUGAAGAACCUGGACCUGCUCGAGGCUCGAGGCUAUACUAUGCUUCCUUCGAUGGGCUCGUAGCACCCGUAAAAGAGAUCAUUGGCAAAGGAGCGGACGUCAACGCAGAGGGCGGCUAUUAUGGCAACGCUCUCCAGGCCGCCUCGUAUCAAGGCCAUCAAGAGAUUGUCAGACUGCUCUUAGACAGGGGAGCGGACGUCAACGCAAAGGGCGGCGAAUGCGGCAAUGCUCUCUAUGCCGCCUCGGCAAAAGGCCAUCAAGAGAUUGUCGCACUGCUUUUAGACAACGGAGCGGACGUCAACGCAGAGGGCGGCGAAUGGGGCAAUGCUCUCCAGGCCGCCUCGUAUCAAGGCCAUCAAGAGAUUGUAACAAUACUCUUAGACAAGGGAGCGGAUAUCAACGCAGAGCGCGGCCGUUACGGCAACGCUCUCCAGGCCGCCUCAGCAAAAGGCCAUCAAGAGAUUGUCGCACUGCUUUUAGACAAGGGAGCGGACGUCAACGCAGAGGGCGGCCGUUACGGCAACGCUCUCUAA